CCCAAUAGCAAACAAUAAUGGAGCGUUUCCAAGCGAGCCGGCCGAAUGCAUUUCCUUUCGUAGUCGGCUGUUUGGAUGGGACACAUUUUAAAAUAAACACACCGAAGAAGGAUGCAAUUAGCUACUAUGACCGAAAGGGGAACUAUUCCAUUAUUAUGCAGGGCAUAUGCGACAGCACAUUUCGUUUCUUGGAUGUUUUUAUCGGCUACCCAGGGAGCUGCCAUAACGCCAACGUAUGGAAAAAUAGUCCGAUAUACAAAGGAAUUACGUGUGGAGAGAUACAACUUGCAAAAGAUGCUAUAAUUUUAGCUGACUCAGCUUAUCCUCUUUCAAAAUAUUUGAUCGCGCCUUAUAGAGAUAAUGGACAUCUGUUGAGAGAGGAGAAACAAUUUAAUUAUUAUUUAAGUUCAACUCGGGUAUUCAUAGAACAAGCUUUUGGGAUUUUGAGGGGAAAAUUCAAAAUUUUAAAUCAUAUUGAUAUUCAAAAUAUGGAAGAGGUAUCAAAAGUAGUAUUAGCUUGUGUAAUUUUGCAUAAUUUAAUAAUGCGGAACAAUUUUAAUGAUUCUGAAAUCAAUUAUCCAUUGGAAAAUUUCGAAAUAUUUAAUGAAAACGAUGCUGAAAUGCAUGAAAACAUAAAUGAUACUAACGAAGGUAUUAUCAAAAGAAAUAAUUUAAAAAUGUUGUUUGUUUCUUAAAUUUUUUAUUUUUUAAAUAAAAAUGUUAGUAAAUAAAUAUAUGUA